AUGCAUUACAAACUCGCGAUCGGAGCUGCUCUUGCGGCCUCCGUCACUUCUGUUGCCGCUCAGGCCUGUGACCCCGGCACCGCCAGGCAACUCGGGGGCAACUGGUAUUGCAAACUCGUCGACUCCAUCACCUACAACAACUUCGAGUCCUCCGGUUCCUACGAUGAGAUUACUGGCAUGGACAACGGCCGUUGCACUUCUCAGAAGAAGGCCUACAGCGGCCCAUUGGCUCCUUUGGACGGAGAGAUUUCCCUUCAUUUCCGUGGUCCUCUCCGAUUGAAGAAGGUUGCUUUCUACACCAUGGGCAGCUCUGAGAAGCGUGAGGUGAAACCUAGCCUCCACUCCCGCCGCCAUGGUCACGGCCACCUCCACCGCAAAACCGCGGAGAAGCGCGCCGUCGGCGACGUGGUGACUGCCACGAUCGACGGCAAAGUUGUCCAAUGGGUCAACAACUAUGACGGUUCUAAGCCUGCUCCUUCUCCUCAGGCCGCUCCCGCUGGCGCUCCGGCUCCAGCUCCCGGUACUGACUCAGGCGCCAUUAAGGGCAGUACACCCAAGGGUGAUACCCGCAAGAAGACCCCAUCAACCAAUGUUGGCGCUGGUCAAUGGGGCCGUCAGGCCAUGUACGAUGCCGAGAAGGGAACUGCCGAUGGUCUCACUUUUCUCAACCACAAGGGUGGUCAGGGCUCCGGUGUUUUUGACAUGUCACUUGGAAACUCUCUUUCCUUUGCCUCUGAAGAUGCCACCUCGGGUGCUGCCUCUCCCUGUGUCCUAAGGGAUACUUUGUUAAGCGACAAUCAGGAAAUUGUCAUCAUGUCCGACAAGGAAUGCAAGGGUAACGAUUGUGGAACUGUUCGCCCUGGUACCGUUGCUUACCAUGGAUUCAGCGGCGCAAGCAAGAUUUUCCUUAUGGAAUUUUCGAUGCCAAUGAGUGGCAAGAAAGGCUUCAACGCGGAUAUGCCCGCUGUCUGGAUGCUCAAUGCCGCUAUCCCUCGUACCUUACAGUACGGAAAGUCCGAAUGUUCUUGCUGGAAAUCUGGCUGUGGUGAAUUCGACGUUUAUGAAGUCCUCGACUCUGGAAACACCAAAUGCAAGUCCACUCUUCAUGGCAAUCUCAAGGGUGGCGACAGCAACUACUUCAAACGCCCGACCGAUAAGCCUGUUAAGAUUGCUGUUUUCUUCAAUCCUCUCACUAGCAGCGCUCACAUUAAAAAUUUGGACGAUAGUUUUGAAUUCGGCACAUCCCUUGACUCGGCUGCUGUUGCCCAGUUCUCCCUAGAGGCUGCUCUUAGCUCUGUCUUCACUCUCGCUGCGUAA